CUAAAACCCUAACGCAGGGUCGCCGUCUACCUUCUCUUCUCUGCUCCUCGUCCUCCUCAGCUUCUGUGUUUUCCUGAAAUUUAGUUUAGGGUUUUGUGCUUCGUUCUUUGUUUUCUUUUUCUUCUAUUUGAGAGAUCGAAGGAGACCAAAUGACGAAUUUUUUGAAUAGGCGAAUACUCCGACUUCGGUUUGGGUAUAAUGAUUUGCUUCUUUGAAUAGGAAGAUCUGAUGGCUCUUUCAUCCAUCUUCAAAUUUCCUUUUUCUUCAAUUGCUCUGUAUAAAGCCAAUGAUGAAAUUUUGGGUUUUACUGAAAUGCAGAUUCUGAGAUCUGCAUGAAUCGUGUUUGAAACUCAUGAACUAGGACGGUCUGAGGCUUCGAAGUUCCGGUGAAAUGAUUUCCGGCGUUUUCUGUUUUCUCUCCUUUUUUUUUUCUUUCAAGGAAUAGCUCCCUACAGUGCUGUGCAUGAUGAGAACAUUUUUUUCAUUACAGUUAUCCCUGUCUGAUCACUCGUGCUGAAAAAUUAUGAUCUGACACUCACUGUGGAGCUUAAAGAGAGCAUUUUUGAGGAUUCCUCUUUGAAUCCCCGACGUUUUUCAAUACAAAUCUUCAUUUUGU